UGUGGGAUUACGCGCGGUCGCCCAGCCUUGGUAUUUCUUCGCUCACUAUUACUGAGGACGCCCGGCUCUCCGUCCUUCCAGCACACGCCUGACAAUUGAUAAUGUGAUGUGGAGGCGGUUUAUUGGGACAUCUACUGGGAGAUCGCUACGGCUCUGCAUGGUGGAGGACGCUCGGGGAGUCCGGUGUCCAAGGAAGGUCGUCCCUGCUCCUCUGGACCCCCCCCCCCUUGCACCCCAGGAGUCAACAAUACAGGAAGGGUUCGCAGGGCUCCCAUGGUGGCUGCAGGAUGCCUCAUCACGGUCACGUCUGAAACACCUGUCGGUCGGUCUGUGGCAUCUCGACAACAAAACGUGUCACUCACGCAAUGGCACUGAGUGGAUGACCGAGGUCACGUCUGACCUAUGGAUCUCGAACAGCACGGAAGUUCGAGGGAUCGGAUGAAUUGCUCCUGUUCCUUUGGAUCCCCCUUCUGGUCCCUUUGCCCCCUUGUUUGCCCCCUUUGUCCCCAGAUUGAAGAAAACGCACACGGAGAUUCACUGGAUCGUCUUGUUUCCCCCUUUCCCCACAUGUGCCGCACGGAAACAGCGUGCAUGGUACGACACCCUUCUGGGUGGAACCGGAACCGUGUUAAGCAUCUCUAACACGAUUGAUGGAGAAGUCACCAGAACUAUGUUGUCUAACACCGGAAGUGACAUUGCGCACGGUCUCUCGACCGUAGGGCUUUGGAUGCCCACAUCUAUCGCGCCUCAUGAAGAAGCGUCGUCUUUAUUCUUAGCACAAUUGUCAUGGGAUAAAGGGAUGUGGGAUGCAACACAAGAAGUAUUAACACCUAUAAUUGAUACAUGUACACCUUUGACACAAUCAGUGAUAACUACGAAAAUGCACUGGAAAGUUGUAUUCCCUGUUUUUCCAUCGUGUGCUCGGAGGAAGAGAGAGUGGUAUGACACGUUGUUAGGGGGAACGGGAACGUUAUUGGGGGUAUCCAAUACCAUUGAUAAUGAGGUAACGCGAUAUAAAUUAGCUGGAACCGGACAGGGAACUCAUGAUGCCCUACUAAAAGUAGGAAUGUGGCUUCCUAAUUCAAUAGUGGGACAAAAAGAAAAUGCUAAAUUAUGGCAGGACGUAUUUAAAUGGGAACUGAAUAUAUGGAACGCCACUAGCAGUGUUUUAACCAACGUGACUAAACAGCUAAACUGGACCACAUGUAGCAUACAAUACCUACAUGCACAGGCGCAGAAGGAACGUUUUAUACGAACAAUGACUACGGGAAAUUAUCAGGAGUGGCGUACGAGUUGGAAUAUAUCUUCGGAGUUAUGGUUACAGUUACAUUCGGAAUAUACGGUUUGUAAUGCGACCGAAUGUAGGGGAUAUUGGACACAAUACACCGUAACCUCAAACGUUACCGUAUGUAAAUUCCAGGUAUUACCCGUAAUAACUGAACUAGGCUAUUGGUUUUUGCAUGUGGAAGGUGAAUGGUUUAAUUCGGGAACGAACCAAACCUUUAAUACCGAUCUUUGCGAAAACACAGAUAAAGGACUAGCUUGUAAAUUGCAUCAUGAGUUUGUUAAUCCUUGCUUAACAAAAGUAGACUUCGCCUUAUGCGAUUGGUCAAGGGAACCUAGUAGGGACAUUUUGUGGCAGGUAGGACCACAUACCCUUUGUGUGGCCACUGCCCAAAAUCACUCCAUGUUGCCAACGGUUCCAUUUGUAGGAUGCCUAUGUAAUGUUCGUUUCUUUCAGUGGGGAAACGGGACGUAUUGGUUGACAAAUUACACAGUUGCUAGCCGGUUUACGGCUGUGCAAUGGGAAGUGUUACGUACACCAUGGCAAAUCUCUUUGGAGCGUUUCAAAUGCGCAUUGGAACAAUCCACUGAGAUAAAAAAAUUUAUUAAGUCACAUGCGUCCAAUGUUUCCCAACUGAUGGUAUCAACAUUGAUGGCUAAAGGAGAAAUUUUGCAUGCUGCUAAAAUUAUUCAGCAACAAUCUGCUCAUCAUUGGUGGGACAUAUUUUCAGGAUUAUCACAAACUGCUAGGGUAACAUUGCUUCCACCAAUGAUUUUGGUCUUAAUAGCUAUUGCUUUGACUAUGCUAUGUAAUAUUGGAAUUUGUUGCUACGUCAAACGUCUAGAGGACCAGGUUGCCCGGCAUCAGUUAGAAUUAUGAGGGGACUGGUAGAAACAAUAGACUUAGACGGGGUAGAUGCAUGCGUAGUAACUAUAACUACUGAAGAAGGGGGGCAUAUCUUGGACUACCAAGAUAUGAGGGGUGGAUUCUUUUAUCGCCGUAUAGAGCGACACCCUGACCGUGUAAAUAUGCUUAUAGCCGCGGUGUAUGAAAUAGUAGCCGACCAUCAUUAUGCUAAUUUGCGGGGGGAUCCCUGGUUUCAAUGGAUUCAGCAAAAUUGGAGACAUUAUGCAGUAGGAUUAAUAAAUUAGAGUUGAUUUGGUUUAAAACACCAGGAGUGGAAUGUAAGACAAGGCCCCAAAGCCUUAUAUAAAGGAAUGUUGUUUUUAACCUCAUCAACUGACAUCAAGCUGCAAGGUAAUUGUUUUCAACCUUAUCAAGCUGACUCAUGCGAAAAGGGGAGCAAGGUACCGCCGAUACCGCAAAAUAGUGAACAUAACAUGUUUUCCGCAAAAUAGUGAACAUAACAUGUUUUCUCAUCAAACCGUGCGAAGGGAAUGUGUUAUUCUCAACCUUAUCAAGCUGCAAGGUACAGCCUGACCGCAAAAUCAAAAGGGGAGUAAGGAUUCUCGAAGGCCGUAAACCGUGCGAAACGUCUAAGGGAGAUCCAAACAUUCUCCGAAGCCGUGUGAAACUCGAACGGGAGGGGAAGUUACGAGGCGCGAUACUUGUUAUAAA